AUGUCUGAUUCGAAUCCAGCUACCUAUCGUGGUAUCUAUUUGUCCGGAAAUUUUGAAGUUGAAGAGAAGAUAUUGCCGGACAAUGGUUGGCGAUCAGAAUAUAGAACUUACACAAUUUCUAUUGGCUGUGGUGGUGCUGACCGUCAAGAGCCGUUGCUAUAUGAGAUUGUUGCAAAAGGUUUUAGCGGGGCCAAGUUCAAACUACUAGAAAAUCAUGUGUACUUCUUGCGUGGAGCACUCUUCCCUUCUAACUCCCCUGAUACAAAGGCCAAUCAAUUCAUCUUCGAAGGCAGUGAUGUAACCAUGUUAGGCGACAGUGACAGUUUUGGAGGUGAAUUAGUGGAUUGUGUGGGAGUAACAGGCCUCGGCAUUGUGAUUGCAAUUAGUUCAAUUAUUGAGGAGUGCUGCCAGUACAUGAAAAAGACUCCAGACCAGGAACCAGUCGCCACUACGGUAUUCACGGUUCAGCACUCGGAUCAUCAUCCUAUAAUGAAGACUGCCCGUACAAGCACAGUGGAAUAUCGGAUUCGCCCCACUCCCAACCUUGCUAAAAUUGUGUCAAUUGUAAGGAUUGGGCGCAAAUGCCAAUUCCAUGGCUUUAUCAAAGAUUUUAACGAAGCAACCUCAUGUUAUAUUGUAAUAGCAAACAAAGUCCACAUGACAACUGGUUUCCAGGAUGUACCUGCCCCAAAUGAUCCACGAAACGACGACAAUGUUAAUACUCUCAAGAAACCAAAAAAAUUCAAACCCAGAUCCUUGAGUUCUCAAAAUCAGCUCGCGAUAACUCCUGAAGAUGGCAUCAGCAGCGCCACAUUUGCUUAUGCUAAUAACGCUUCAUUACGUUUCUCUUCAAGCUCGGGAUGUUCAGCAAGCCGUUCUAAAACUAAGGUAGAACAAUUACCGGCAGAAUGCGCUGACAUAGAAGAGCAAGUUCCCAAAAAACGAGCACGCUAUCAACCCAAGCGCAAGAAUGCUAAGUCUACUGAAGAUGAAAACUACACCUAA